GUGCAAGAGAUAUAAUCUUGAGGCAACUAGAAAUUGAUGUGGAACUUGACUCGUCAAGUAUACAUCCUGAAUAUAUAUGCCAUAGAUGUAGGAAACUCCUCAGGCCUGAUAGACCAGUGAGUGAACAUUAUAGUUAUGACGUAAAGUUAGUAAAUAAGCAGUGGUGUUCUCCAGGUGACUUGAGUGAAGCUGAAUGUUGGACUUGCCAACAACACCAAUUGCAGUCUAGCUUUACAAAUGCAAAAAUACUAUCUCCUGCAAAGUCUAUUGUAAAACAAAAGUUAGAGCAUCCUUCUAGAGCAAGUAAUAAUAGUGAAAACAAUGACAGUGAGAGAUCAAUUCAUAACAUUCCACCAAAUAACGACAUUCCAAAUCUUGACAUUCCACCUGUACCCG